AAUAAAUUAUCAGAUUGAAGGCUUCUUCUUCUUCUUCGUCGACUUGAACCUCCUUUAAUUAAUUUCCUCCUCCUCCUUCCUUCCUUCCUUCUUCAUAAAUUAUUUAUAGUUGGUGAUGAUGGCUGGUGCGUAUAAUCCUUCAAUAUUGAUGGGAUUAUUGAUGAUGCUCCUGCUCCUUGCUGGUGCAAUAGGAAUAGCAUCAGCUCAGUUGUCGUCCACAUACUACUCCUCGUCCUGCCCGGACGUCCUUUCCACCAUCAAAUCUGCCGUCGACUCUGCAGUGUCGGACGAGCCUCGCAUGGGCGCCUCCUUGCUCCGCCUUCAUUUCCACGAUUGCUUUGUCAAUGGAUGCGAUGCAUCUGUGCUGUUGGAUGACACGUCAAACUUCACCGGGGAAAAGACGGCUGCUCCAAAUCUUGAUUCCUUGAGAGGGUUCGACGUUAUCGAUACGAUUAAAUCUCAGGUGGAAAGUUUGUGCCCUGGUGUUGUUUCAUGUGCCGAUAUCUUAGCCGUCACUGCGAGAGACUCCGUCGUUGCGUUGGACGGCCCCAGUUGGACCGUUCUACUAGGUAGAAGGGACUCGACCACCGCAAGCUUCAGCGCUGCUAACAGUGGCAAUAUUCCCGCUCCUACUUCCGACCUCAGCGGCCUUAUCACUACUUUCUCAAACAAAGGUUUCUCUGCAAGUGAAAUGGUCGCCCUCUCAGGAUCCCACACAAUAGGGCAAGCAAGGUGCACGAGCUUCCGAGCCCGAGUCUACAACGAGAGCAACAUAGAUUCGACAUUCGCAGAGUCGGUGAGGGAAGAGUGUCCAAGCGCGGGGGGAGACGACAACCUUUCGCCUCUGGACGUGACAAGCCCAAAUGCUUUUGACAAUGCCUACUUCCAGAAUCUGCAGAGCCAGAAGGGGCUGCUCCACUCCGACCAACAGCUCUUCAACGGGGGAUCUACCGAUGACCAAGUUAACACUUACAGCUCCAGCUCUUCAACUUUCUUCACCGACUUCGCCGACGCCAUGGUCAAGAUGGGAAACCUUGACCCGCUCACCGGCACCAGCGGCCAGAUAAGGACUAAUUGCAGGAAAACCAACUGAUGAUAUAUCGUGCCUGCCUGCCUGCCCUGGCAAUAUAUAUAUAUAUACACGCUACCCUUAUUGUCGAUCGGUUCAUACAUAUUCGUACGUAUUGUGAGUGGGUAUACUUCUUUGUUGUUUCAUGUUUGUGAAAGCGUAUUCAGAAAAUAAUGGAUUUGUUGUGUUCUUCACAAUAAGCUAGCUAGCCACAAAUUGGUUGAGGUUUAAUUAAGUUGAACCCCCUGCUGCUGAUUCCCUUUGCUUGAUCGAUCGUUGAGCCCAAUUGAAGAACUCAUUACAAUUCAUCAUGUACGUACACGGUGUAUCGUAGUAAUUGGUACAUGUGGAAUUGCUGAAGGUUGUCACGUUCUAUGAUUGUAUUAUUAAUUAAUUAUUAUAUUUGGUUGCUGUA